UAACGAUUGUGCGUUCAAAAAAGUUAAACGGCUUGAAUCUGUCGGCAUAACCAGAAUAGAAAACAUCGACAACAAACAUUUCUGUCAAUCUGUUGUGUGUGGUCUACCAUAUGAAUGUGUUUUAGUUUGGUGCCUUAAACAAAUAAAUGUUUUCAUUGUUUGAAAAUGUAGUGCAAUGUUUUGUAAUCAUUAAUUCCAUGGCUAAACCGUGCAGUAACUUAACACAUUGUGAGUUUUCUCCAUCACGAGAGCAUUCAGUUUUAGGGCAACCAAGCAGGCCGAAUGAAAAGUAUACCCGUAGAAGAAGAUAAGGCACAACUUCGUGUAAAUUUGUGUCAUUUGUGCACUAAAAAGUCCAGCUUCUCAGACUAGAUGGCUGAUUCUCACUUGAUUGAAAAGCUGAAGUUCGGUAAACGGUACAUCCUGACGGAUAUCGUGCUUGUGCCGUUGUCGUUUGCCCCAAAACAUACCGGUCCCGACACAGAUUAUUUACUGCCGGCACGAAAUAAGUAUCUUACGCGCGACAUUUGGCAAUCGUUCGUUUACCGGGAGUUGUACAAUGUUUUCCGCAAGCACUUACCCCAACAUGAGCGGGAUAACGGCAAACGCCAGUAUGAGGUGAACCGAGAGUACCGUGUCCGCUGUUCGGAACUCCCCUACCUGCAGAUGAAGUACAAAUUCCGAGACAUACAUUUUCGCGACGUGCUAAAUACGCUGUUCAAGGAGGAGUUAUCUGCUCUGCACGAGAUCAGCAUCUGCGUUGAGAUUAGCGAUCAAGGCCAAGCCCUUUUCAGCGAGUGUGAUGACCGCAAACGCAAAAAGGCGAUCAAGCGAUUGGUAAAGGGAAUCGAUGGCCUAACUGCAGCACCAACCUGUGAAGCAAGCACACUAACGUCCGCCAACGUUGAGCGACACCCAAGGGUCGAGGAGUACUGCCCCGAACCGGUCAAUCGAGGACGACAAAAGAAUGCAGUGACACAGAUCUCCGAGUACGUCCCAGUUACCUUGAAUGGCCACCCACCAGGAACAAAGUGCACAUACAAACCAUCGAAAGGCACCGACACUGGGAAACUACAGUACUCCCGGGCUGAACCGGAUCCGUACACACCAGAUGCGGGAGAGCGGCCAAUGAAUGUGUCGUACACUCCUACCUCCAGACUUUUUGAACAGGAAAAACAAAAGCGGAACUCUGUACAGAAACCCAGAGGUGUGAGCAGCUUUUUUGGGUCCGAAAACGAGGAAUAUGAGCCCACCGGCCCGAGGACUGAAAAACCGAUGGAAAGUGAGUGUCGACAGGAUAGGUCUUCAGAUAAAAAUACCUUGCGCGAUGAAGGGCGGACAGGUUCUAGCGGUUACAACUUACCCACGAAGAAAAGCUAUGCAGUUGUUCACAAGCGGGAAGAGUCAUCACGGAAUGCCAAACAAAGAAUCUGACAUCUUUGAACGUUGAACAGAUUGAAGAAAAACCUUCCACCUUCGAAAUUGGAGGAAAAAUUGCCAUUGCCGGGAAUUUCAAAAUUGGUGUAGUCAAAAAAAGCCGAAAAUCGGACAUUGAGCAAGUACGGACUAAAAGGACGUAACCGAGCUUCAAGGAAAAAACAAUCUAGCAAGCUGUGCUAUUUCACCGAUCUGGCGAACAUGUUGAACAUGAGCAUUGCCCCAUCUGCGUAUGCGAAUUUCGAUACCGCAAAUAGAAGCGCAUGGCGUAUAAUAUUCAACCUUUUAUCCUCUCCCCGACUGAUGGUGUAGGCGCUGCGUAUUUUUACACAAUGACACAAGUUUAAUAGACAUUUUGUGCCACUCAAUCAAGCAUCAGUAAUAUGUGUCAAACAUAAAUAUUUUAGCACCAAUUUACACGUUGGACCUCAUCACGAGAAAAUGCUUAUCUUAUCACGUAUACCACAGUAAACUAAAUAUGUAUUUAUCUAAAGAUAACACACAAAACAUCACAGAAAAUAUAUUACCUUUUUUAGUGCAAUAAAGCAAAAGCUAUUUAUUUUACUUUGCUGCAA